UUCAUCUUUCUCUUUCUUCAUUUCAAAGAAACCGAUACAAUAUUUUCCCGCUUUUUCUCUCUCUUUCCAACUUGUCCUUGCCCUUCCAUUCUUGGAUUCUCUUCGGUUCUUCAAAGGAGGGUCUUUAUUAGAUUCUUCAGUUUAUGCCGUUAACCAAACAAAAGGUUCCUGAUUCCCUAUAAAACGAUUCUUAAUCUGCUUCGUUUAUAAUCAUUCUUAAACUCAUUAUGGACUUUUAAGUUAUAAAGCGAUCAUUGCAAAAUAAGACUUCUUCUUAGCAUGGAAACUCUGUAUCCAGCUUUAUACAUGUCAGAUUCUAGUUGGUUUCUUCAGGAAAGCCAGAGCUCGAGCUGGACUAAAGAAGAGAACAAGAGAUUUGAGAGUGCUCUUGCAAUUUACAGUGAGGGCACUCCGGAUAGAUGGUACAAAGUGGCAGCUCUAAUACCCGGAAAGACAGUGCUUGAUGUGAUGAAACAAUACAAAGAAUUGGAAAAAGAUGUGAAGGAUAUAGAAGCUGGAAAGGUUCCGAUUCCUAGUUAUUAUAGCUCAUCUUUCACAUUAGAGUUGGUUUCAGAACAUGAUUUUGAUGCUAAUAGGAAGAGACCAAUGGUGAAAAGUUCGGAUCAGGAGAGGAAGAAGGGUGUGCCUUGGACUGAAGAAGAGCACAGGCUGUUUUUGAAGGGACUUCUUCAGUAUGGUAAAGGAGACUGGAGAAAUAUCUCCCGGCAUUUUGUAAUCACUAAGACUCCUACUCAAGUGGCAAGCCACGCUCAGAAAUACUUUAUAAGGCAGCUUUCUGGGGGGAAAGACAAGAGGAGACCAAGCAUCCACGACAUCACUACUGGCAAUCUUGCUGAUACAAAUUUAUCAGACAAUCAAAAACCUUGUUCUUUCGGUCAAUCCAAUGUGCUUCCACAGCAACAGACGUCUUCUGGCUUGCAAGAAGUAGGACUUGAAUGGAAUGACUCAAACAAUGGAUCGAUGAUUUUCAGUCCGUCUCAUGGUAACCUGUUUGUGCCGUCUGCUUGUGACAUUGGUUCAAAUGGCCUUAAACUUCAGGGCCAAAAUUUGUAUGGCACUGCUUAUCAUGGAGUUCAUUUCCAACCCCGAAAGUCAGUGUUCUGAAGCCAAAUUAAGAGAAGUCAUUUAAUAUAUGGAUCGUUUUGUUUUGCUGUACUCCAGAAUUGAAAUUCCAUAUCUUUUUGUAUCAUGUAAAUUUCAGUUUUAGUGUUAUUGUCUUAGUUGUUUUGUUACCUAAACAAUGUGUUGAAUCUGUACAUUACCCUUGAAUUCCACAGAAAGGUGAAAUUUAAUCAUGUUGUCGAUAUAAACAUCAAUGAUUUAUUGAAGCAUGAAAUU